UAAUGAAUCAAUGGGUAAAAUUAAUGAUCUUAAAUUAUCUGGACUCAGAAUCUGUAAUUAUCAAGAUGAACAGAGCUUGUCUGUGGAUAAGUGGGAUAUUAUCAUAGUUCAAGUUGAGAGUCUCUCUCGUAUAGAAUUCUCAGCCCGUCUGAUUGUAGCUAUUUUAGAUGAAGUCAAUGCAAUUCAACGUCAAAUGAAUAGCGGUUCAAAUGCGCAGGAAUCUGAAAAUGCAAUGCGUGAUGUGUUAAAAUCAGCUCAACAUGUUUUAGCCAUGGAUGCAUUUGCAAAUGAAAGUACACUAACAUUUCUCAGGGCUUAUCGUGGUGAAAAUAUGUGCCUUGGCACUAGCUCCGCUAUCCGAGUAAUUGAUAAUAAAUUCCAACCACUUAUAGGUAAGACUGUUGAGUAUCUUUACGACCCAAAUAGCGGGGCUGAAGCUAUGCGAAUAGGGUUUGAGUAUUUGAAACAAGGCAAACGCGUGGCAUUUGUUGUAACAAGCUCUAAUAUGGCUCGAGCAUUAGUAAAAGAAGCUUCUAAAUUAUCUUUCAAAGCUCGUGCCUAUUAUGGAGACAUGGAUGGAAAACAGCGAAAAAAAGACUUUUUAGAUAUUAAUACUGCUUGGGGUGAACUUGAUUGUGUAGCUUAUACAAACACAGUAGAAGCAGGUAUUUCUUUCGAGAAACCUAAUCACUUUGACAUAGUUAUAGGCAUUACAAAUAUUGGAACUCCAGUUAAUGUAGAAGCAUUUAUCCAGAUGAUGUUCCGAAUUUGUGAUUGUGAAAAGCGUAUACUUUCACUUUAUUAUCAAAAAAUUUCCAGUGAAUUUUCUCGUUCACCAGGUCAUGAAAAUAUUCGGGCUGAACUUGCAGUUGCCCAGCCUAAUGAUUUGCCUACAGCAAUUAAGGGACAUCGUGAAUGGGAUAUAGAUAGCAUUUCCUAUAAACUUGAUCAAUCUCCCACUGUAACAUCAUUUAUUGAAGUUGAGCACCAGAAACGUCUUUCAACCAGAAAUUUUAUCGAGAUUUCAUGUAGCCUUAUUGCCAGUACUGGAGCAAGUCUUAAAUUAAUAAAAAUGGACGAAAAUAAAGAAAUUAUAGGGAAUCGUAAAAAAGUUCGUAAUGAGAUUAAGGCUGAAGCUUUAGUUAUCAAGGAUACAGAUUUUGAUGCAGUCGCCACUUCUCGAAAUCUUACUCUUGAGGAAGCCGAAUUUCUUAAACUCAAUUCAGAAUGUUCAGUUGCAGAUACUAUGGCACUUAAGCAUUUUUAUAUGUGGAACCUUUAUAGUGGAAAUGGUAUGAGCAUCGAGGAUUGGAAUAAACUCUGCAAUAAAGAUUUUGUAGAACGUUUUAGUCCACCCGAACCUAGAAAACAUUUCUUGCGUCUAUCUCAUUUUUACAAGCAAGGCUAUGAUGAAGAGAGUGCAAUAGAAGAAUUAAAGGCCAAAGACAUCGCACAAUGGGAAGAUACUUGUUAUAAUGCUAAAGAUAAUUUUGAGGAUUCAGUAGCAAAAGAUUUACGCAAAACAUAUUCAGCGAAUCAUUGGGAAGCUGUACGAAGGCUUUUACAGUCGCUUGGUUUUACAGGUAUAGAUGAUAAACGCAUUCUCUCUGAUGAUCAGGUAAAAGUUGCGUUUGAGGCAUCUCGUGAAAAAUUUAUAGAAAUUCGAAGUCAAUCUUUAUUACUCUUUGGCUUUAAAUCUCAUGCAAAAGAAAUGCCAGAUCUUAACUCAGCUAUAAAGGCUAUCAAUGCAAUUGUUGGCAAUUGGUGUGGUUAUACUAUAAAAAGUGAGCGAAAAUUGGUAGGAUCAAAAGGACAACAGAUUUGGAAAUAUUCAUAUCAAAUUAACCGAAAAGCAUAUAAUAGUUGUGGUUUUGAUAAUCAAGAAGAAGUAAUGGCUAGGAAGUUAGAUAAUCCUGAAUAUUGCCCUAUAGCUCCAGUUCUUCCAUCAUAUAAGCCAAAGGUAAGUGAUGAGAUUCAGGAUCUUUUCGAUUCUAUACCUAUUAUUAAUAAUAUUACUUCAGAACAUGUUGAGCAUAAAAUUUCUGACUCAUCAAGUAAUGCGAUUGAUGAAAAAGAUUUACCUUUGAAAAUGCCAGCCCGUAAUCAAUCUGCUGGUCUUUCCCAAGAUAGAUGCCAUGUUGAUAUUAUUAAUGAAGCCAGUAUAGUUGAGAAUAAAAUACCCGAAUCCUUAAUUCCUCUAUCUUCAGAAUUUCUUAUUAAAAAUGAAUCGGAUAUAGACACCCUUACCCUUCUUUUACAGCAAAAAUACCAAAUGUCUCAAGAAAGGCUAGAACAAUGGCGAACCAAGAUUGCCUUUGAAUUGCGGGAUAACCAAAAUUACUGGAAAAAAGAGCGCGAGAGUAUGAAUGAAGCCGAGUUCUUGGAAUAUAAACGAAACUUUGAGGCUAAAAUGAAAGUUCCUACUACUCCGCACAAAAGAGAAUUGAAAAAUAAAUCUUUAGCCCUCAUCGAAUAUGUAGCUAUGGUGGAUAGUCACUAUUGCCCAAUUUAUGUGCCUAGUCACGAAAAAUUUCUCAUAUAUCAGUCAGUAAGUGUUGUUAAUGCUGUUGUACGUGCAUUUGGGAGAGAAUACAAAGAUUAUGGUUUACUGAAAGGGUUUGAGGAUUAUUUAGAAGCAUGUGGAAAGGAAUGGCGUGAGCAUCAAAAGUUCUAUUAUGCCCCAUAUUGUACAAUGUUUCAAAGUUCAGGAAUUGGAAAAAGUCACAUGCUACGCAGAUUUGCAGAAACUGGAGACUUUUAUGUUUUUUAUAUUAAUGUGAACAAUCCUAGAUCUGGUUCUUAUCCUCGCGGACAUCCCAAAUUGCAUAAUUAUUUUACUAUAACACAUUCAGCUUAUUCAAACUCCACAUAUGAUGUUGAAAAGAUAUUUCAAAUACGCCUAGUGUAUUUUGUCUAUGUAUUGUUAGAACAUUUAUGUUCCAUACAAGAUAUACAAAAGGUUAGACAAGAGGUGAAACGAGUGGUAGCCAUGCUUUGGGGUGAAGAUGCAUUGAGUGAAGCAAAGCAGUUUGAUAUAGAUCUUUGGACCAAACAAGCAGAAGAGUAUUCAAAAGAUUAUUUUAGCCAAUAUGAGAAGGAAACAUAUGUUGACAUUGAAUGGAAAAUGCAGAAACUUUUGAAUGACAAAUUUGAAUGCAUUCAUGAAGCUUUUACAACAGACACUAUUCGUAAUGUGAAUGUGCUCUUUGCUUUUGAUGAAGCACGGACAAUGAUUAACAUUGAGGAUGGACAUGAAGUUAGUCCAGUCUUUACUGGUGUGCGACGUGGUCUUCGGAGUCUUCCAUUGGGAUUUUUUGCUUUAUUUUCUGAUACUACAUCAAACUUAUCAAAUUUUUCACCACCUCUUGGUAUUGAUCCUUCAUUACGACCUCGAGGGCAACAGGAAUCUUGGAAGCUGUUCCCACCAUUCUUUGCAUUUCCUACCUUUGACAUGUAUGCACCCACACUUGAUGAACUUAUGCAUAAAACACAGGAGGUUUCUGCUGAUAAGGUAGUAAAGUUGUUUGAUUUUGCUAAUAUCAUAGUAUAUGGACGUCCAUUAUGGAAGGCAUUAUUUGAUGCAGGUAUUCCAGGAAGGGAAAUAGAAAGGUUUGCACAAGAUAAACUUUUUACAGGAAAUUACCAUGCAGAUUCAUAUUACAAACUUUCAUUUGAAGAG